ACGUACAAAUGAUGUAAGCAUUAAAACAGUUAUAGAGACUAGGAUUGGUAUACUGAAAGCCAAAUUAAAAGCUGUGCUCUUUUUUUCCUGAGUCGAUAAUUCCCUGAAUUGUACAUUUCCACCAGCGCGGUUUAACUCCUUCUCGCUAGGGGGCGAUAAUUUAAAACAAGAAGUUUUGCGGCUACCGGAGUAAUCGAGGAAACUCAAGAGAUUUCUCUCUGUUGCUAACAGUAGCUAGCCGGAUAAUCUUCUGAACAGUGCAGCCGUUCUUAUUUUGUUGGCCGUUACAGUGUUCGUGUCUGUUUUUCUCUUUAGAUUCCAGCGCUCUUGGAAUUCGCUGCUAGUGACAAACGUUGAACCAGACAACGACGGCCAACCUUUUUUUCUCUCCGCUGGAUGUUUGGCCAUUCUUGUAUUUCUCCCAGGAUGUUAGCACAUAAGCAAACCAGCUAGCUAGCAAAUCUGCUAAAGUAGCCAAAUAGCUGCUCUUUCCGGAUGCUUUGAAUAGCAACGCAGCGGAUUUGGGGAGUUUCUAGUCGGCCUUGUAUGAUGUCAAGCAACCGGCCACAGCAAAGCGCUGCUGGGGCGAGUUCAGUGCCCAGCACAAGUAGCAGCAGCAGCAGUAGUACAGGAGGCACUGGGAAUACAAACGGUGGCGGUGGCAGCAGCGCUCCCACAAGUAAUGGGAGCACUUCUGGAAACGUUGUGCCCUCACGGACCCUUGCAGCGGCCGGAGAGGGCGGCCUGUCAGUGCCAACUCUGGCCGCCGUGCCGUCAGCCCGGGGCGGCUUAGCUUCUCUCAGCAGACCGUCUGCGUCCUCUGGUAACAGAAAGAGAUCCCUGCAUCAGGCACCACUGUACAACGGUCUCUUGAAUUCAUACGAAGAUAAAAGCAACGACUUCGUCUGUCCCAUUUGCUUCGAAAUGAUAGACGAGGCACACAUGACGAAGUGCGGGCACAGUUUUUGUUUCAAGUGUAUCCGCCAGAGUCUGGAGGACAGCAACAGAUGUCCCAAGUGUAACUAUAUUAUCGAUAAUGUGGAUCAGGUCUACCCAAACUUUCUUGUAAAUGAACUGAUCCUUAAACAAAAACAGAGGUCAGAAGAGAAGAGGCUAAAGUUAGAUCAUCCAAAUGGGUCUCGGUGGCAGGUCUUCCAGGAUGUUUUGAGUCCUGAUCAGGAGAACUUGGACCUGGCAAAUGUCAACCUGAUGCUCGAGCUGCUGCUUCAGAAGAAGAAGCAGCUGGAAGCGGAAUCCCAGGCAGCUCAGAGACAGAUCCUCAUGGAGUUCCUUAAAGAAGCCAGGAGAAACAAGAGAGAGCAACUAGAGCAACUGCAGAAAGAGCUCAACUUCCUCGAAGAAGACAUCAAACGUGUUGAGGAAAUGAGUGGGCUGUACUCUCCUGUGAUGGAGGCUGAGUGUACUGUGCCUAAUGUGGAAGCUCCCUCUCCAGCACCCAGUUGCAGUAGUAUUAUAGACCAACCCGACUACAACCAGCCUCCAGGAUUUGGUGGAGCAGCCCAGGGAAAACGUCAGACCUGGUACAACAGCACCCUGGCGUCAAGAAGAAAGAGGCUCACAGCUCAUUUUGAGGAUCUAGAGCAGUGCUACUUCUCCAGCAAAAUGUCCCGCAUCACAGAUGAGGGCAGGAACCUGAAUCAGCUGGAUGAUUUCAUGGAGUGUUUGUCAAAGUUCACUCGCUAUAACUCUGUGCGGCCGCUGGCCACCCUGUCAUACGCCAGUGACCUCUAUAAUGGCUCCAGUAUCGUGUCUAGUAUUGAGUUUGACCGAGACUGUGACUACUUUGCCAUCGCUGGCGUAACCAAAAAGAUCAAGGUGUUUGAGUACGGCACUGUGAUCCAGGAUGCAGUGGACAUCCACUACCCUGUCAACGAAAUGACUUGCAAUUCCAAAAUCAGCUGUAUCAGCUGGAGCAGUUAUCACAAAAACCUCCUGGCCAGCAGUGACUAUGAGGGAACUGUUAUUUUGUGGGAUGGAUUCACAGGCCAGAGGUCCAAAGUCUACCAGGAACAUGAAAAAAGGUGUUGGAGUGUAGACUUCAAUCUCAUGGACCCAAAGCUUUUAGCCUCAGGUUCUGAUGAUGCUAAAGUCAAGUUGUGGUCAACUAAUCUUGACAAUUCAGUGGCUAGCAUUGAGGCUAAGGCUAACGUCUGCUGUGUUAAAUUCAGCCCAACCUCCAGAUAUCAUCUGGCCUUCGGUUGUGCAGACCACUGUGUUCACUACUAUGAUCUCCGCAACACUAAGCAGCCAAUCAUGGUGUUCAAAGGCCACAGGAAGGCCGUCUCCUAUGCCAAGUUCGUCAACGGAGAGGAAAUUGUUUCUGCUUCGACGGACAGUCAGCUGAAGCUGUGGAAUGUCAACAAACCUCACUGCCUGCGCUCCUUCAAGGGUCACAUCAACGAGAAGAACUUUGUGGGCCUGGCCUCAAACGGAGACUACGUUGCCUGUGGCAGUGAGAACAACUCCCUGUAUCUGUACUACAAAGGACUUUCCAAGACACUGUUAACAUUCAAGUUUGACACAGUGAAGAGCGUUCUGGACAAGGAUAAGAAGGAGGACGACACCAACGAGUUUGUCAGUGCUGUCUGCUGGAGGGCCCUGCCUGAUGGAGAGUCAAAUGUAUUAAUUGCUGCCAACAGUCAAGGAACAAUUAAGGUACUCGAGCUCGUCUGAAGACGUGCAGUUCCUUCAGCAGGUGUUGGAGCUUUGACUCGUGAUGCAGGGAGGCUGCCAGGCUGAGUAGCAACUGGAGAUCUGAAAUUGUCUCUUAUUAUUUUUUUCCUCUUUUUCUUUACUUUUUUUUUUUAUGAGCUUAUGUUUUUGGACAGCGGCAAAGACUAUGGACCAGCAGGAGAAGAUGUGCUGCUGUUUUAUUGGGCACAAAGUGAAAUAAGAGACUUUAGAAAGCAGUUUUGUUUCUUUUGAGCGAGGUUUUAUUGGCUACAAUAGAACACCUCUUUAUGGUUUUAGGUCAAAUCAAAACCUUUACUUUUUAAUUAAGCUGCUGUUCUCCGGAAUACAUCCAGCCAAACGCUAAAAGUGCGAUGCAUUUCCUCCUUUUAAAGGCCAAAGCACAAGACGAAGUGACAUGCAAAAAUCUUCAAAUGAAGCUUUUAAAUCUCCUUUUGUUUGUCAGUGUCCAGCCCCCUGCACCUUUCUUUUUUGUGUAGCUUUUGCGUUCUCUCAGAUUUGGGGGGGAAAAACAUUUUUAAUAAACCUGACUUCCAUCCUGUCAGACGUAUCACUGGUUUCUUUUCUGGUUUGCGAGUGCAGAACGUGAGAAGUUGAGUGAACUGAAAUGAGAAGCGCCUCUCUGUGCUGAUAUUUCUGUUUACCGUCAGAACAAAACGAAACUCAAAGCUUUUGUCUGCAAUCACAACUCUCAUGUAACUUCCGGCACUGGUCUGCAGUGUCGUGCAGAACUGGACUUUUUUUUUUUUUUUUUUGGGUGAACUAUUGGUUGCUUGUUGGAAAUAAAACCUUGCAGAAUCUGUUCUUUUAAAGUAGCAAUGGAAUCGUUCUUCACAUACUGUAGGUAUCAUCUGAGCUGAGCUGCAUUGUAACUUCAGGCAAACUGCUGUCAGUUUCUGUGGAGCAAGACCUGCCUAUUUUAUGAUAAGUGAGAGAGGUGUUUUGUAUUUGUAUUACUGAAUAAAUUAUUUCGAAACACUUGG